CCGACUAACCGUCACGUAUUAGUAGCCCAAAUUCCCCCCUUCUCUACUUCCUGCCCUGCAAAGCGAAGUAAUAGCUCUCGAAUAUAAUCAUUCUAAGCUUCGGUUAAACCAUGAAGCGUUCUAUCGGUGACAUAGGUGAGAAACUGCAGGCAAAGAAACCCGUAUUUCUCAGUAAAUCAGAGCGAGAACAAUUAGCCCUCAAGCGUCGCCAAGAUGAAUUUGAAGAACGGAAGCGCCAAUCCGGCCAGCUUCUCCUCCAGAACAACCGUAACUCUUCCUCCUCUAAACCCCCUCCAUCGUCCGACGACGCUUCCCGUAACAACCGGUUCUCUCGUGAUUACGAUCGUGACUGUUAUCGCCGUGACAGAGAUAUAGAUAGGGACAGGGAACGGGAGAGGGAAAGGGAACGCGAUUCUGAGCGGCGGAACCGCGAUAGAGAACGUGAUGAAGAGAACAAGGCUAGGGAAAGAGCUUGUUUAGAGAAGCUUGCAGAGCGAGAGCGCGAGAAGGAGCUCGAUGCCAUCAAGGAGCAGUACUUGGGAUCGAAGAAACCUAAGAAAAGGGUUAUUAAACCCAGCGAUAAGUUCCGUUUUUCCUUCGAUUGGGAGAACACCGAGGACACUUCUCGUGAUAUGAACAUUCUCUAUCAAAACUCUCACGAGGCUCGUCUUCUGUUUGGAAGAGGUUUCCGCGCUGGCAUGGAUCGCAGGGAGCAGAAAAAAUUAGCCGCAAAGAACGAGAAAGAGUUGAGAGACAAGAUUAGGAAGAAGUGUGGGAUUGAGGAAAGGCCAGAAGAGGCUGCUGCUCACAGACUCAAGGAAGAGGCUGCUGACAUAUACGAUACAUUUGACAUGAGAGUGGAUCGCCACUGGUCUGAGAAGAAACUAGAGGAAAUGACAGAGAGAGAUUGGAGGAUCUUUAGGGAAGAUUUCAACAUAUCUUACAAAGGUUCCAAAAUUCCCAGGCCUAUGAGGAGUUGGGUUGAAAGUAAACUGAGCACUGAGCUGUUGAAAGCUGUUGAGAGGGCUGGUUACAAGACCCCAUCUCCCAUUCAAAUGGCUGCCAUUCCUCUUGGUCUCCAGCAAAGAGAUGUCAUUGGGGUUGCCGAGACUGGUUCAGGUAAAACAGCUGCUUUUGUUCUUCCAAUGUUGAGUUACAUCACCAGACUCCCUCCUAUAAGUGAAGAAAACAAGGGUGAGGGACCAUACGCACUUGUCAUGGCACCUACCAGAGAACUUGCACAGCAAAUCGAGGAUGAGACUAACAAGUUCGCCCAUUAUCUAGGCAUCAAAGUUGUUUCCAUUGUUGGUGGACGCCCAAUUAAAGAACAAGCAUUUGAGAUUAGCCAAGGGUGUGAAGUUUUCAUUGCUACACCUGGGCGACUUAAAGAUUGCCUGAAGAACCAAUAUGCUGUUCUAAACCAGUGUAACUAUAUUGUUCUUGAUGAGGCUGACCGAAUGAUCGACCUGGGUAUGGAACCCGAAGUUGUAGAGGUUCUGGAUGCAAUGCCAUCAAGCAACUUCAAACCCGAGAAUGAAGAUGAAGAACUUGAUGAGAAAAGAAUAUACAGAACCACUUAUAUGUUCAGUGCCACCAUGCCUCCAGCUGUGGAGAGACUAGCCAGGAAAUACUUGAGGAACCCUGUUAUGGUUACAGUUGGAACUGCAGGAAAGGCAAACGAUCUCAUUACACAACAUGUUAUGAUGGUAAAGGAAUCAGAGAAAAUGCCUAGGCUGCAAGAAUUGCUUGAUGAAGUUGUGGAUAAGAAAGCCAUUGUGUUUGUUAACACUAAAAUAACCGCUGACCAUGUAUCCAAGAAACUGGAAAUUUCAGGUUACUGUGUGACAACGUUGCGAGGUGGCAAGUCACAAGAACAGAGGGAAACGAGUCUUGAAGGUUUUAGGACAAAAAGAUUCAAUGUAUUAGUUGCUACAGAUGUUGCAGGGCGUGGGAUUGAUAUACCUGAUGUGGCUCAUGUCAUAAACUAUGAUAUGCCUGGUAAAAUUGAAAUGUAUACACAUCGUAUAGGGCGUACAGGUCGUGCAGGGAAGACAGGUAUAGCUACAACAUUCUUGACUCUUCAUGAUACUGAUGUGUUUUAUGAUUUGAAGCAGAUGCUGACACAGAGCAACAGUUAUGUGCCUCCUGAACUUGCUAGGCAUGAGGCUUCAAAGUUCAAGCCUGGAUCCAUUCCUGAUAAACCAACUAGAUGGAACAACACUGUUUUUACUCAUUGAGGAUAUAAUGGGAAGAGCAGCAAAGACUUGAAGCUAUGAAGGAGAAGAAGAAUCAACGUUCUCCCUACCUACUUACCUUUCUUUCAUCAAAUCUUUUUAUUUAUGGUUUUUUUGGUAUAUAGUUAGAGAAUCAAUUUUCUAACAAAUUUAUUUUGGUGUAGGGUAAAGCUGGGAAGAGCAUAAAGAAAUGAGUUGAUUGGGUAAUCCCAGAACCCUUUCUCUGACUCCUUCUUUCUACUCUAUCUAUAUAAUAUUAAUAUAAAAUAUGUGAGAUUGAAGAAAAGUUACAAGUAACCCUUUUCUUCUCACAUCCCAAUCUCCCAAGGUUGUUGGUUUCUGCAUCCAUUGAGAACAGGGAAAAUAGACCUAAAGUUAAGCCCCAUUAGGCGUCAUUGCAAAAUUAAGAGAACUGAUAGUUGACCACCCAUAAAACACUUUCUUCUGAUUGAUUCAAGAUGAUAAGCAUCGAUUCAACCUCUUCAGCCUUCAACAAACUAUCUUUCGUUGUUCUCUCCAAUUGCAUCAACAAAAAACAAUAGCAAUCAAGGAGGUUCUCACCCAUCUUGACGUUGAUUUUGACUUUUGAGAGAUACCAAUUGGUAUGGAUUCACUUAUAGAAUGAAAUCAACAAAACAAGAACAGAUAUACAAAAGCUUCGCUAUAUUCAAUGAUCGAUAGACCCUUGUUGAAUCUAUCAGAUAACUCAAACAUUCUAACACUCACACUAAAAGAAAUAGUUGAUAAUAUUAAGAUAAUUCCAUGAAGAACAAAGUUCUAUAACAUAUACCUUCUACUACUACAUACCUAGACCGAGACAGAAGGACCCAAGGACACAACAGACAACAAAAUGUUGCCCCCCACAAUUCCUCUCCCACUCACAGAUAACAACCUAUGGAUACUUAAUUAAAAGGACAAUUCUACCCUUAUACCCUUAGGCUAUAAACCAGUUAAAGUUGGGGCUUAUCAAUGAUUCACUCAAAAUACCAAGAGAACACAAUAAAACCCUGAUACUUUGCUAGAAAUUCGAGAGUCUAGCCUCUCCCAAGGUACAAUAACCAGAUUUUUUUUUUUUUUGGUAUUUGUAUAAUUUUUGCUAUAAUUGGGUAAAUGUACAAUGCUAUUACAGGAGGAAAUUAAACAAAUAUGAAGGAAGUUUGUUUAUAGUCAUUUACCUAUAUACUUAAUAAUGCUAGGAAACCAGAUUCUCAUACUUUACCAACUUUGCUGGACAAUGUUACACAUUCAAGACUGUGUGUUAUUAAAAACAAUUUGAAUUAGUUUCAAAAAAUUAUUCCCAUCUUUAUUUAACUAAGAAUAAAAUGUUGAGUAACUUUCCAUCCUUGUUUUGCACCCCUAAAUGCAGGGAAUUAUACUUUAAAACGUCUAUGUAAUUAUAGAACUGUAGUUUCUAAAUCUUUUUAUUCUAACCUUUUUACUUUGAACAAUCUAUCCGGUUAUAGCUAUGAAAAAUUUGUUUUGUAUUUAGAUAAAAAUUUCAAAGAAUAAUGUUAUAAAGGAAGAAAUUGAAGUUUGGUGCUAGAAUAAACAAAGCAACAAAUGCUAUUGUGGGGAUGUUAAUAUUUGCAUGUAUAGGCGUUUGGUCUCUUGUAUGUAUGAUUUAAUUUAUCAGGAAUAAUACAAUGCAAAGCUUUCUGAUUUCGGUCUUGCUAAAGUUGAAGGCAGACAACAACUUGUAUCUACUUGAGUCAUGAGGACAUGACAUGACAGGCAUUAUUAUGUAGGAAUAAAUGUGAAGCCUUACUAGAGUGCGUUUAUUAUGUCGAUUGCUAUUACUACUAGUACUAGAUAUUAAAAGGAUUUAUGAACUUUUGACCAGAAAACAAGUCAUUGAUUUAACAUUAGGUCCUAUAAUAAAUUGCUGGCCUUUUAAAUGGUUUGUGUUGAUGCAUUAUUUGUACCCCACAGCACCGCACUAAAAAUGUUAGUCACAUCAUCGUCACACCACAUCAACACACCAAUACUUGUACUCUAUGCAUAUUGUGUUGUAUAUUGAACAUCAUAUCUAUCUAAUAAUAAUAACAUUGAUUACUUUUACUUCACCUAAAACACAUGGUAUACAACUCCAAUUUUGAUCAAAUU